CGCCCUUCCCGGCUUCCUCCGCGGCGUUCCCACGCCGACGCUCCCGGGGUUUGCGGGCUUCGGGCGGCUUCGCUCUCCGCGUCAGCCAGCGAGCACGGCAAUGGCAGCCCAGAAGAUAAACGAGGGGCUGGAGCAUCUGGCGAAGGCGGAGAAGUACCUGAAAACUGGUUUUUUAAAAUGGAAGCCAGACUAUGACAGUGCCGCUUCUGAAUAUGGAAAAGCAGCUGUUGCUUUUAAAAACGCCAAACAAUUUGAGCAAGCAAAAGAUGCCUGCCUACGGGAAGCUGUUGCCCAUGAAAAUAACAGGGCUCUUUUUCAUGCUGCCAAAGCUUAUGAGCAAGCUGGGAUGAUGUUGAAGGAGAUGCAGAAACUGCCUGAGGCCGUCCAGCUGAUCGAGAAAGCCAGCAUGAUGUACCUGGAGAAUGGUACCCCUGAUACAGCAGCUAUGGCCUUGGAGCGAGCUGGAAAGCUCAUAGAAAAUAUAGAUCCAGAGAAGGCUGUACAGUUGUAUCAGCAGACAGCCAGUGUGUUCGAGAACGAGGAACGCCUCCGGCAGGCAGUUGAACUACUAGGGAAGGCCUCCAGACUGCUAGUACGAGGACGGAGGUUCGAUGAGGCUGCACUCUCUAUUCAGAAGGAAAAAAACAUUUAUAAGGAAAUUGAGAAUUACCCAACUUGUUAUAAGAAAACAAUUGCUCAGGUCCUGGUUCAUCUACACAGAAAUGAUUAUGUGGCUGCAGAGAGGUGUGUCAGGGAGAGCUACAGCAUACCAGGGUUUAAUGGCAGUGAGGACUGCGCUGCACUUGAACAGCUCCUGGAAGGAUAUGACCAGCAAGACCAAGAUCAAGUGUCCGAGGUCUGCAACUCACCCCUUUUCAAGUACAUGGACAAUGACUAUGCUAAGCUGGGCCUAAGCUUAGUGGUCCCAGGAGGGGGAAUCAAGAAGAAAUCUCCAGCCACACCCCAGGCCAAGCCAGAUGGAGCUGCCAGCACAGCGGCUGAGGAGGAGGAAGACGAGUACUCAGGAGGCCUAUGCUAGUACCCGGUCUGCAGAGAUGAGAAGAUGGGAAAUCCUGACAAGCCAUGUUCAUGGGAUUAAGACUCAUCUGCGGGCAUCUUUGCUUCACAGAGAUUAUGAUGUUGAGUGUUAAAAUAUGUGAAGUUUAGUUUGCCAUUUCACCAACUUAGCCAUUGGAUCUACUACCUGGGAGCAUUGUUCUGUCCAUUGUAAGAGCGAAACAGCAGAGAAUACAGUCAUAUUUUAAUAAUUCAUUUUCAAAUGUAUAGACAAAUUCUAGACAUAUCAUAAGCAAGGCAGGAAGUAGACGUACUACUCUUUUCUCUUGGGUUCUUGUAAUUUAUUGUUAAAUAAUUUUUAUUGCAUUUUAUUUAAUGUUACUUCUAAAUGUGACUUAUUUUCUUUUGGUGAAAAUAAUUAUUUCAAAACUGGUCUGGUUCUUCCCAGCAUCUUUCCAUGUUGUCACAUGAUACCCAUGCAUGUUCUGGAGAAGGUUCUCAAAAGCAUCUGCAAUGCCCAGAAGAGAGGCAGACAGCAGGUCCUCAGCAGCGGUACUCCAGAGUUGUCAUCCAGUCUCUGACUGUGGUGAUGGUGCAUGGUUACACCUUACACAUAACUACGCCUCACACGGCUGAUGAUCAUUGAUGAUCACAGAGCUGGGAACAUAGUUGUCACCCUCACAGGUGGGUUAACCAGUUGUGGGGUAUCAGCCCCAGAUCAGAUGCACUUCUUAAAGACCUAGAAAUGGCACAGUUACCUUCCCAUCCUGUCAGUUUGGGUGCCUUGUACCAACAGCCUCAGCUGGCAUUGUGGACCAUGAAGAAGCAGGACAAAAACAUGGAGGGAAAAACCUGGGAUUCUCUUUCUAGGGAUCUAAAACAUAUGUAGAAAAAAAUGCUUCAGUGGAGGGAGGGCCUGUCUCAAUUUGAAAAGGAAAUUUAUCCAUCACCAUAUUAGAUACAUUUAAAUUAUUGAAUCUUUUCAGAGACAAGCUUGGGACAAAAGCUUUAAAAUAUUUAACUCAAUAUGUGACUACAAAAUGUAAAAGGUAACAUUAUCAUCAGCCCUCCCCAAAGUAUUGGUGUUUCUUUUUUUCUUAACAAUAAAAAAGAUGGCUGUGUUCAAGCA